AUGACUGCUCGUGGAGCCAUGAUGCGGAUGCUGCCACCUAUUAAUCUACGAAGCAGCCCACGCCGCUCCUUUAGCAAAACAUGCGGCACACGGUCGCGUACCUUUUCGGCAGUGAAACCAUGGGAUGGCCUUCUGGAUGAGUUGGAGAUGCUGAAAGGGCAGCUGGAUGACAAUGAGCGAAGAUUUAUACCUGUGUUGCUUGCGGGCGAUCAGCCAACAGACCAGGGCUUCCAGGCAGCUGCAGAUGAGGCCGAGGUGCGUGCACCGAUGCAGGCCAUGGCUCAGUUGGUCAACUCGGUGGCAGCAUCCAUGCACAUCCAAGGGAGGCUCAAGGGUGGAGGCAGCGGUCGCGGCAUUUCAUCAACAGACUACAUCAUCCAGCUGAGGCAUGGAGACAUAGGGCAGCAGAAGCAACAGCAGUGCAACGGUCCCUCCUGGGAUGUUUAUGGAUGCAUUGAGGUUAAAGGUGACUGGCAGUUUCCCUUGGAGGCUCAUCACGAUGUGUCGUGCAUGCCGCUUGGGGAAAUCAACCGCCUGGGCCUGGACAAAGCGCUGCAGCAGUGCUAUGGCGACAUGGUGAUGGAUGAGGCCCCCCUAGGGAUGGUCACACGGCACAAUUUAGCGCUGCUGCUGAAGCGCUCACCAAACGUUGCUGAUAAGACUCUGUAUGUGUCACCAGUCAUCGGCCUGGACAAGAUGCUGCUGGCGCUGCUAUUCCUGCUGCAGCAGGCAGAUCUGCUUGAGGGCAUGAAGAAGUUGCUGCCACGUGAGGCGGUGCCCAUCACACCUGGCAAGGGAGACAACACACAGCGCGAGCUAAAGCGGCGCCAGUCGCUAAGGUUGCAGGAGCAGCGGCAGGUGAAGCAGCGGUCUGUCCUACCUGGCCAAGGCAAGGUCAGCAAGCAAGGCCCGGGCAAUGGGAACCACAUCAGCCUCUUCUCCAUCAAAGGGAAGGUGCCAGGUGGACUUAAGCAGUUGACCCUCAAGCACGGCAGCCAGGUGCUGCUGCCCCUAGAACUGUGUGGCUUUGGAGAUGUGGGCCUCACCGGCCGGUGUGUUGGAUAUGGGUGCUAUGGCAGCGUGCUGCAGGGCACCAUAGGUGGCGUGGCGGCAGUGAUCAAGCUGUUUGAGCAGAAGCGACAGGGAGCCGUGGAAGCCUUCACACACGAGCUUGCUGUGUACUUGCGCCUUGGCAGCAGCAUCAGUAGCAACAGCAGCAGCAACCUGCAGGGUGCCCCGCUGGUGCCACGGCUGCUGCGGUAUGGCAUGUUUGCACACUCAGGCGCCCUGUUCCUGGCACUGACUGAUGAGGGUGACAACCUGGAGGCCGGAGCCGGCCGCAGCACAACUGUCGCUGGUGAUGCAGCUGCCAGUGGCAGCAGCGGCUGCAGUUUGCGUGAUGCUGGGAUUUCACCAAAGCUGCGCACUGCAAUGCUGCGAGCACUGAGGGUGCUCCACCGGGCAGGUGUACUGCAUGGGGACAUCCGCCUGUCCAACUUUGUGAUGGGGCGGGAUGGGGUUGUCAAGCUGGUUGACCUGGGGAAUGCCAAGGUGGUGGGUGGCUUGGAGGCAGGCAGCAGCAGCUACCAGGCGGCGAUGGAGGCCGAGGUGCAAGCCGUGCAUGCUCUUUAG